UCACGUGGUACAGACGCUGUGGCGUAGUGACGUUAUCGCUGUGGUGUCUGUCAGCGGCAGCGGCUCCAGACCGGGCUUUUUUCCCCUUCUGUCGUGGAGCGGGGAGGCUCCUCAAUCCGCCGCGGCCAUGGCUCAAUACAAGGGGGCCGCCAGCGAGGCGGGCCGCGCUAUGCAUCUAAUGAAGAAGCGAGAGAAGCAGCGGGAGCAGAUAGAGCAGAUGAAGCAGCGGAUCACGGAGGAGAACAUGAUGAAGUCCAACAUUGACAAAAAAUUCUCUGCUCAUUACGAUGCGGUGGAGGCCGAGCUCAAGUCCAGUACUGUGGGUCUUGUCACCCUGAAUGACAUGAAGGCCAAACAGGAAGCUCUGGUAAAGGAGCGGGAAAAACAGUUGGCUAAAAAGGAGCAGUCUAAGGAGCUCCAACUAAAGCUAGAGAAACUUCGAGAAAAGGAACGCAAGAAGGAAGAGAAGCGGAAGAUCUCCAGCCUCUCCUUCACCCUGGAUGAGGAGGAGGAGCCUGAGGAGGACGACGAGGAAGAGCUAGAUGAGGACUUGGUAGAACGGGAAGAGGUACCCUCAAAGAAGAGAAAACUAGGGAAGAACCCAGAUGUGGACACAAGCUUCCUUCCUGACCGAGACCGGGAGGAAGAAGAAAAUAGGCUUCGAGAGGAGCUUCGGCAGGAAUGGGAAGCCAAGCAGGAGAAGAUCAAGAGUGAGGAAAUUGAGAUCACAUUUAGUUACUGGGAUGGCUCUGGGCACCGAAGAACCGUAAAGAUGAAGAAAGGGAACACCAUGCAGCAGUUCUUGCAGAAGGCCCUGGAGAUCCUGAGAAAAGAUUUCAGUGAACUGAGGUCAGCAGGAGUAGAGCAACUCAUGUACAUCAAGGAAGAUCUUAUCAUACCUCAUCAUCACAGCUUCUACGACUUCAUCGUCACCAAAGCCAGAGGGAAGAGUGGGCCACUUUUUAACUUUGAUGUUCACGAUGAUGUUCGGCUGCUUAGUGAUGCCACAGUGGAGAAGGAUGAGUCACAUGCCGGAAAGGUGGUGCUGAGGAGUUGGUAUGAGAAGAACAAGCACAUUUUUCCUGCCAGCCGUUGGGAGCCUUAUGAUCCAGAGAAAAAGUGGGACAAGUACACCAUCAGAUGAUCACCUGGAAAAGAUCCAUAAUAAAAAUCGGACCACCAGAGGAAAACAGAUGACCAAGAAAUAUCAUCACUACCAAAGAUAGAAAAAGCAACAAGGGAAUCAAUAACUCUACAAGGAGAUGUUAUUUGUCAGGAGCUCUAGGGUGAUACAGCUACUUUCCAGGGAGGUCAAUUUUUUAUUUCUGACUUCAGACAUGGAGAGAAAUGCUAGGUGGUCAAAUAAGAGAGCCUAGUGAUAUAGCUGUUUCUUUCCUUUAAAAAAAAAAAGAUAUUUCUGGAGGGAUGGGGUGUUCUUUAAUGGAAUUAUGAUUUAACCUCCUUGGGAUUCUGAUUUUAGAAAGAAAGCUAUUUUUAAGAUACUUUUGUAUCAUCAUUUUUUUUAAGGACCCCAAAUUUUAGGAAGAAACAAAUCUGAAAAAGGAAGAGGCGGGAGUGGCAGAAAUUAGUAAGAAUAGCAUCAGUACUGUUACAAGGUUUUGAUUUUUCUGAUCCUUUACCUUUCUUUGGAGUUGGGGGUGGGGGAGGUGGGAGGUUUUAGAUAAUUUUCAGUAAGGAGGAAACUAUUGCUUUUGAGUCUCUUAGGCCAAAGGAGGAGACAUUUUUCCAGAUGAAUAUCUGAAUAGCUAAAAAAAAGAUCCUUGUAAUGUAUUGAGAACUUCCCUGUUGAGUUUAUUGUGGGUUUGAUGUUUAAUAUAUUUUUGACUCCUUAAAUUGACUUGAUUUUCUUUUUCCUCUAUCAUAAACUCAAAAAGCUUUCCAUGUAAAGAUGCAAUGACUUUGGAGGGGGAAAGAAUAUAGUUUAAAUAGGCCUGGGCAUCUUAGGAACAGUAAAAUGUCAAAAUAACAAGCCUUAUUGGCAAAAGUUGAAUCAGCAAAUAGUCUAGCAUGUUCUAGGAGAAUCCAGAAGAGAGUAGGAAGCACCAUUUUCUGCCAGCCUUUGGAUCUUCUGGACAAUAGCUAAUAGCAUGUUUAGCUAGCUAAACCUCAAUGGACUGUUCUGUUUAAGAGCAAUAUUUUAUGGCUUCCAAGGGAAAUAAAUGCAUUUGAUUGCUAACUGAAA